CAUCCCUCGACCCCCCCUCGAAAAUGGCGUCAGUUCAGGUCUCUUUGCCUCUCCCAGUUCUUCCAGAAGGGUGGUCUGGUGAGAGGGAUUUCAAGGCAAUCGGACCCCUCAGUCAUGCUACCGACCGAAACAUCGAGCCGGUCGGCCCGCACUUCCUUGCCCAUGCUCGAAGAAAGCGACAUAAGCGCACAUUCUCCGAAGAUGAUCGCAUUCAAGCCCAGGUAAAUGUCAAGAAAGUUGAGGACGAUGACGCGGGCGAGAUUAGCGAGUUGGAGGAUCCCCUCAUGUUGCAGCGAGAAGCCAAAGACUGGAAGGGUCAAGACCACUACGCCGUGCUUGGAAUUUCGAAAUACCGAUACAAGGCUACGGAGGACCAGAUUAAGCGAGCUCACCGCAAGAAGGUGCUGAAACACCACCCCGAUAAGAAGGCUGCUGCUGGGGAAGCCCAAGACGAUCAAUUCUUCAAGUGCAUUCAAAAAGCCACCGAGGUCCUCUUGGACCCAGUUCGGCGACGACAGUUCGAUUCGGUUGACGAAGGUGCCGACGUGGAGCCCCCGACUAAGAAAGAGACACAAAAAGGCAACUUCUAUAAGCUGUGGGGCAAGGUUUUCGAGUCUGAGGGUCGUUUCUCCAAGGUCCAACCAGUUCCCAAGCUCGGGAACGAAAAGAGCACCAAAGAGGAAGUCGAGCAUUUCUACAACUUUUGGUACAAUUUCGACAGCUGGAGAACCUUUGAAUACCUCGACGAGGAUGUUCCAGAUGACAACGAAAAUCGUGAUCAGAAACGUCACGUCGAACGGAAGAAUCAGAAUGCUCGCCGAAAGAAAAAGACCGAGGACACGGCCCGCCUAAGAAAGCUCGUAGAUGACGCACUGGCUCUUGAUGAACGUAUUAAGAAGUUCCGGCAGGCGGAACAUGCCCAGAAGAACAAGCGCCGACUAGAAAAGGAAGCCGAACAGAAACGUCUCGCGGAAGAGGCCGCCAAGCAAAAAGAGCUCGAGGCCCAAGCCAAGGCCCAAAAAGAGGCCGCAGAAAAGGCCGACAGAGCGGAUGCGAAGAAGGCGAAGGAAGCGGCGAAGAACGCUGCGAAGAAGAACAAGAGAGUGGUGAGGGCCGCUGUUAAAGAAGCCAACUAUUUCCACAGCGGUGGAGAUGCUCCUCCCUCUCAGAUCGAUCAAGCGUUAAAUGACGUCGAUCACAUCAUCACGAAGAUUGACAACGAGGAGCUGGCUGAUUUGACUAGCAAACUAAGUGGCAAGAAGAAUGCUGGCGAGAUUACCCAGAUCUUCAAGGAUGAAGUGCAGCGGUUAGUUGGAGCAGGCAAACUGAAGGAGGGCGAAGCCAAGUCUCUUUCGUAGUAGUGCUUUUAGAGAGGUCCGGGUUUAUUAGGUAGUUCUCUUAGGUUUAGAUGGAGUAGGACAAUUGGAGCUCUCACCAGGUUUGGUUUGAU